AUGGCUACAUACGAUAACAAGAUUUGGUUGUUAAAAAAUAUACGAGAUGCUUUCAUUGCGACUGACGACACCGGUUUAUGUGAGAUCGUUAUGGCUGGAGACGACUUUUCGAAAGUGUUUCAAAAUAAAGCUGUUGAAGAGAAAAAGAGGAUAAAAGAGUUGAGGUUGACUCAGCCUGGACCUAGCAAAGGUAAAGAUGGCAUGGGGGACAUAUCUGAAGAGGAGGUUGGAAGGGAGAUAGUGACACAAUUUGAUCCUUAUCCUGAUAUGGAUGAUAGUGAGGAUGACGACCCGUUGUGUGGCAGCUACGUGCGCUCCGAGGAGUUUGGAGGACACAGGCCAAGAUCCAACACAGCUCAAUGGCUAGACAAGAAGGAGCAAGCAUUAAAAAAGGCAGCCAAAAUAAAAGUUAUAAAAUGGGAAGAUUCCACACCCCUCACAAAAGACCAGUUAGCCGAGGCAUUUUCUAAAUUUGAAGUUAAGAAACCAGAGAAGAAGAAAUCUUUGUUGGCUGAACAGCUGCAGAACUGCCCCAACUUACCUCACCGUCAAUAUUUGGAGUAUGCAAAGUUUGAUGGGACUGCACAACUGGGGCUCCCUACAAAGUCAUUCAAGAUCUUCAUGACUAUGCUACCGGAAAAGUAUCAGAAUUACCCCUUAGUUGUGUGUGUCAUUGCCAGCGCUAAGAUCAAGGAUUUAAUUGGUUUCACAUGCUAUAAAUACAGCAUCGAUCAUCCAGACAUAACACUUGGUUCUGUGCAUGAUUACGGACUUUGUAUAGCAGAGGAUGAUGGAGAGGUUGACUGGGCGUUUCCCUGCCUUGAUGCUAAUGAGCCCUGUUCCAAGUUCGGUUUCACAUGUCUCGGGCUAGUAGAAUUAAAAAAUAAAAACGCCAUGACCUUACCUCCUUCAUCGAUACCAGAGGAUGGUAUGAGUGGGGCCUUCCAUGUCUUCUCAAAAGUCACAGACUCUGGUCAAAGUCAUCAUAAUCCAUCCAGACACAAUACAGGAGGCAGUUCUACAUCGGAAGCUGUUCUGAUAGCUUUGAAGGCUUUAAAUGAAGGUGGUGCAGACACAGACUUAGGCAAGAUGCAGUCCCAUAUAAUGGCUACCGAGGCGCCGCAGUACAAAGCAUACAAAGUGCAGUUACUUCGGAAAGUGAGGACAAAUACAUCGGUACAGCUCGGCAUCUCGCUCGACAGGAUAGAAGUGGAACCGCUAGUCACACAUAAACACGCGUUCUGGUCGAGAUCGAAGUACUUCCUACACAGCAUAGACUCGGUCGCUUGGUGCCAGAUCCUUGAGACACGGGGCAAUAGGACCACCUUCAGGAUAGUCUACUCUCCUAGUCACAACGUUACCUACGCCGAUAGGAGUAAUGCAGGUAACUCCACAAUAUUCCAGCCAAACACAUCAUACAAGCUCCACGACUUCGAGUGCGAACACGACACUGCUAAAGAAAUCGUAGAGAAGGUAAACACAAUACUAGACCUUAGGAACAGUCCGUGCCGCCGCGAAUACAAAACUGCCAAAGAAAAGAAAUUACAGACCAGACGAAGUUUUCACACAAAACACAUGAGUUGA